AUGGCCGACUCCAAAGCCCCAAGCGACGGGGCAUCCGCCUGUCCCGUCGACCACAAGUCCCGCGAAGCCUGGCUCGCCCAAGCCCGCGCCGGCGGCUCCUCCCAAGCGCCGCAUCCCCUCCCACCCCAAUCCCAGCCGGCUCCGGCUCCGACGCCAAAGUCCUGGGCGCAAACCAUCGUCUCCUACAUCCCCUUCACAUCCUCCGCGCCUGCAGCGCCGGCUCCCACUCCGGCGGCAGCCCCCCACGACCCCUCGCUCGACACUUCGCGCGUCGUCUCCAGCAUCCCCCGCUCCUCAGACCCCAACGCCGUGACGGGCUGUCCGGUGAACCACGAGACGGAAACUGGCAAGGACGAAGCGUCAGGGAACUGGGUGUAUCCGUCGGAGAAGAUGUUCUUUGACGCUAUGCGUAGGAAGGGACAUGGCGCUGAGGCAGCGGAUAUGAAGACUGUUGUGCCGAUACAUAACGCUGUUAAUGAGAGGGCGUGGAAGGAGAUUUUGGAGUGGGAGACGCCUUAUACUGCUGGGACUGCCUGCGACGGACCCAAGCUCCAUUCCUUCGCCGGUCUUAGCACCCGCAUGUCGCCCAAGGCCCGCAUCAACACCCUCCUGGGCUACACGGCCCCCUUCGACCGCCACGACUGGAUCGUCGAUCGCUGCGGCACGCGCGUCGACUACGUGAUAGAUUUCUACGCCGGGAGGGCGAAGGGCGCUACCGGCGGGCCGAGCUUCUAUCUUGAUGUGCGGCCGAAGCUGAAUACGUGGGAGGGUGUCAAGAUGAGGGUGCUGAGGGGACUUGGAGUCGUGUAG